UGAGGAGAAUCUGUCAGUCUUCUGCUUCCUGGCUUCACCUGCAUUUGUGGGCAUUAGACCCCCUCCCCCCCCCUCCUCCCUACUCCUUCUGGUGCAUCAUUCACAAGAGGUGGGAUAUUCUGCAAGAGGUUUGGUCUGCUGAGUUUGAGUGGGAAAAGCACCGCUGUCAGUUCUGCAACUGUGAAAAUCCUGGCUCCCGGCCAGUGCCCUCUGCAAAAGUCACCUGGAUUGUACUGUCCUGCUUGCAAAGUGAAUGUUCUUAAGUCCUCUGCUACAGGACCAUGGCUCACGCUGCUUCUCACCUUAAAAAAGCCAGAGAUCUUGAGCCCCCACCAGAUUUAAAAACCGAGAAAGCCAAGGAGAGGAGAAGGCGCUCCAGGGAGCGAGCUGAACGGAAACGCAAGUCUGACAGCAAUACAAGCUUCCUGCGAGCAGCCAGGGCUGGCAACAUUGACAAAGUGCUAGAGUAUCUCAAAGGAGGAGUAGACAUUGGCACUUGUAACCAGAAUGGACUCAAUGCUUUACACUUGGCAGCCAAGGAAGGUCACAUGGGCCUGGUUAAUGAGUUACUGGAAAGAGGCUCAGCUGUCGAUUCAGCCACCAAGAAAGGAAAUACAGCCCUGCAUAUUGCAUCCUUGGCGGGUCAAGAAGAAGUCAUCAAAACCCUGGUGAAGCAAGGAGCUGACGUCAAUGCACAGUCUCAGAAUGGCUUCACUCCCUUGUACAUGGCAGCCCAGGAGAACCACCUAGAUGUUGUGAGGUACCUGCUGGAAAAUGGAUCGAACCAGAGCAUUGCCACAGAGGACGGCUUCACUCCACUGGCUGUCGCACUGCAGCAGGGCCACAACCAGGUGGUGGCUAUUCUCCUGGAGAAUGACACCAAGGGGAAGGUGAGGCUGCCAGCCCUGCACAUUGCCGCACGCAAGGACGACACCAAGUCCGCGGCACUGCUUCUCCAGAACGACCACAACGCUGACGUGCAGUCCAAGAUGAUGGUUAAUAGGACUACUGAGAGCGGUUUUACUCCCCUGCACAUCGCUGCCCACUAUGGGAAUGUCAAUGUUGCCACACUGCUGCUUAAUCGCGGAGCUGCUGUCGACUUUACCGCCAGGAAUGGAAUAAUUCCCCUCCACGUAGCUUCCAAAAGAGGAAACACCAACAUGGUACGUCUCCUCCUGGAUCGGGGAUCACAGAUCGAUGCCAAGACCAGAGAUGGGCUCACACCCCUGCACUGCGCUGCACGAAGUGGGCACGACCCAGCCGUGGAGCUUCUUCUAGAGAGGGGCGCGCCCAUGCUAGCAAGGACAAAGAAUGGACUGUCUCCUCUUCACAUGUCUGCCCAAGGAGACCACGUAGAAUGUGUCAAACACCUGCUACAGCACAAAGCACCUGUAGAUGAUGUCACACUGGACUACUUGACUGCCCUUCAUGUUGCUGCGCACUGUGGUCACUACAGAGUAACAAAACUGCUUCUGGACAAGAGAGCCAACCCCAAUGCCCGUGCACUGAAUGGAUUUACCCCACUGCACAUUGCGUGCAAGAAAAACCGAGUCAAAGUCAUGGAACUCCUUGUGAAAUAUGGCGCUUCAAUCCAAGCCAUAACAGAGUCUGGCCUUACUCCAAUACACGUGGCUGCCUUUAUGGGCCACUUGAAUAUAGUCCUCCUCCUGCUGCAGAAUGGAGCCUCUCCGGAUGUCACUAACAUUCGCGGGGAGACGGCCCUGCACAUGGCUGCUCGGGCUGGACAGGUGGAAGUUGUCCGCUGCCUUUUGAGAAAUGGCGCACUUGUGGAUGCUAGAGCCAGGGAGGAUCAGACACCCCUACACAUUGCUUCCCGCCUGGGUAAAACAGAAAUCGUGCAGUUAUUACUGCAGCACAUGGCACACCCUGACGCAGCCACCACAAAUGGCUACACCCCACUGCACAUCUCAGCCAGAGAGGGGCAAGUGGAUGUGGCCUCAGUUCUCCUAGAAGCUGGAGCCUCACACUCCUUAGCCACAAAGAAAGGAUUCACCCCCCUGCAUGUAGCUGCUAAAUAUGGAAGCCUGGAUGUGGCAAAACUCCUCCUGCAACGCCGGGCUCCUCCCGACUCUUCUGGGAAGAAUGGCCUCACCCCUCUUCACGUUGCUGCUCACUAUGAUAACCAGAAGGUGGCAAUGCUGUUACUGGAAAAAGGGGCCUCCCCCCAUUCAACUGCCAAGAAUGGAUACACUCCACUGCACAUAGCGGCGAAAAAGAACCAAAUGGACAUAGCCAGCACACUUCUGGAGUACGGGGCGGAGACUAACAUUCUUACGAAGCAGGGCGUGACCCCGCUGCACCUGGCAUCACAGGAAGGACACACCGACAUGGUGGGCCUGCUUCUGAAGAAGGGGGCCAACAUCAAUGUGGGAACAAAGACUGGAUUGACAUCACUCCAUCUGGCAGCCCAGGAGGACAGGGUUACAGUGGCAGAAAACCUGGCAAAACAUGACGCCAACCUUGAUGCACAGACCAAGCUGGGCUACACUCCAGUGAUUGUUGCCUGUCACUAUGGAAACAUCAAGAUGGUAAACUUUCUUCUUCAGCACAACGCAAACGUCAAUGCUAAAACUAAGAAUGGAUACACCCCCCUGCACCAGGCAGCUCAGCAGGGCCACACCCACAUCAUCAACUCCCUCCUCCAGCAUGGGGCCAAGCCCAAUGCAGUCACUGUGAAUGGCAACACAGCCCUGGCCAUCGCCAGGCGUCUUGGAUACAUCUCGGUGGUCGAUACUUUGAAAGUGGUAACCGAAGAGGUCAUCACCACAACAACUACGGUGACAGAAAAACACAAGCUGAAUGUACCCGAGACCAUGACUGAGGUUCUGGAGGUAUCAGAUGAGGAGGCGCGUAGGCAAUUGUAUGAUGAUGAGCAGUUUACUGAUGGAGAAUCUAUCGACUUGGAAGGAAGCCAAUAUUAUAUUGACAACAGAACUCCAGUGUCAAUUUACAGUGAUGAUACAAUGACUGGGGAUGGAGGAGAGUAUCUGAGAGCAGAGGAUCUCAAGGAGCUUGGAGAUGACUCUCUACCCGGCCAGUACCUGGAUGGUAUGAAUUACUUAAGGUUCAGCUUAGAAGGAGGCCGAUCUGAAAGCCUGCGGUCCUUCAGUUCAGACAGGUCCCACACGCUGAGUCAGGGCUCUUACCUGAGGGACAGUGCCAUGAUCGAGGACAUGAUCGCUGCCACCAACCACCAGGUGUCUGCUCUGGCCAGGGAUCCUGAAAAGGACUCAUACCGUCUGAGCUGGUGUACCGAGAACUUGGACAAUGUGGCUGUUUCUUCCAGCCCAAUUCAUUCAGGCCGCUCCUCUCCAUGCCUUGACCAUGACAACAGCAGCUUCCUGGUUAGUUUCAUGGUGGAUGCCCGUGGUGGAGCCAUGCGAGGUUGCCGUCAUAAUGGGCUACGUAUUAUCAUCCCCCCUCGGAAGUGCACUGCCCCGACGCGGGUCACAUGCCGGCUGGUGAAGCGACACCGACUAGCCACCAUGCCCCCUAUGGUGGAGGGAGAGGGCCUGACCAGUAGGUUGAUCGAGGUGGGACCAUCUGGAGCUCAGUUCCUCGGCAAACUGCAUCUUCCUACUGCCCCUCCCCCUCUUAAUGAGGGAGAAAGCUUGGUUAGCCGAAUUCUCCAGCUUGGGCCAUGUGGAACAAAAUUCCUUGGGCCGGUGAUAGUGGAGAUCCCCCACUUCGCGGCUCUACGAGGGAAGGAGAGGGAGCUGGUGGUGCUGCGCAGUGAGACUGGAGAGAGCUGGAAGGAACACCACUGUGAAUUCACUGAGGAGGAACUGAACGAGAUCCUCAAUGGCAUGGACGAAGAGCUAGACAGUCCAGAAGAACUGGAGAAGAAGCGUAUAUGCCGCAUCAUCACCAGGGACUUCCCACAGUACUUUGCUGUAGUGUCUCGAAUUAAACAAGACAGCAACCUGAUUGGACCAGAUGGAGGAGUCCUGAGCAGCACUGUGGUGCCACAGGUCCAGGCAGUGUUCCCCGAGGGGGCCCUGACCAAGAGGAUCAGAGUUGGCCUUCAGGCCCAUCCAACAGACACUGAUCUGGUACGGAAGAUUCUCGGCAACAAGGCGAUGUUCAGUCCUAUUGUCACCCUAGAGCCCAGGAGAAGGAAAUUCCAUAAACCCAUAACUAUGACAAUUCCUAUUCCCAAAUCCACCACUGAUGGAAUGAUGAAUGGAUAUGGAGGCGAUACCCCAACCCUCCGAUUACUGUGCAGUAUUACAGGUGGUAUAACUCCAGCCCAGUGGGAAGACAUAACAGGAACUACACCGUUAACAUUUGUCAAUGAAUGUGUUUCCUUUACCACAAAUGUAUCAGCAAGGUUCUGGCUGAUAGACUGUCGGCAGAUCCAGGAGUCGGUCAACUUUGCCACACAAAUGUACAGAGAGAUCAUCUGUGUACCCUAUAUGGCCAAAUUUGUCAUUUUUGCCAAAUCGCAUGACCCUAUUGAAGCUCGAUUGAGGUGCUUUUGCAUGACCGAUGACAAAGUGGACAAGACCCUGGAGCAGCAGGAGAAUUUCACUGAGGUGGCAAGGAGCAGGGAUGUGGAGGUUUUGGAAGGAAAACCAAUCUAUGCUGACUGCUUUGGAAACUUGGUGCCACUAACAAAGAGUGGUCAACAUCAUCUGUUCAGUUUCUAUGCCUUCAAAGAAAACAGACUUGCUCUCUUCAUAAAGGUUCGAGACAGCACUCAGGAGCCCUGUGGUCGAUUGUCCUUUAUGAAGGAGCCCAGAUCCUACAGAGGUUUAGCACACCAUGCCAUUUGUAACCUAAAUAUAACAUUGCCUGCUUACUCAAAGGAAUCUGAUUCAGAUCAGGAACAAGAGGAAAAGACAAGCAGGACACCUGAGAAAUACGAAGAAGAGACUGAGUCAACUGAAACCUCUGCCCUGAAAACACACUUGAUUCGGGAUGCCCCAGCACUGGCAAGCCCGGACUUGCUCUCUGAGGUGUCUGAGAUGAAGCAAGACUUGAUCAAAAUGACAGCAAUUUUAACAACAGACUUUACUGAGAAGACAAUCCCCAUUCAGGGAAGUGGACUUGAGAGGGGGGCAGAGGAGGAGACUGGAGAGCCUUUCGAAAUUGUAGAAAAAGUCAAAGAGGACUUGGAGAAAGUGAGUGAAAUUCUGAGAAGCGGAACAUACAAAGAUAAACAAGAGAUGCAGAAGAAAGACGGUGCGGUCAAAGCAAUCAAAGGAGAGGAAGAGUGGGUUCUACUUAGUGACAGUGAAAUUGAAGAAGCCAAACAGGUAGCCCCAAAAGAAGUGCAUGAACCCAGCUUUCAGGAAACAAAAAAUGACAGAGGCACAUCCCAACCAAAAAUUGCCAGUGACAUAACGGGGAUGGUUUCCUACCUGUCUGACGAUCUUGAUGAAUACCUUGCUUGCCAACCUACUGUAUCCACUAAUCAACUCCAAGAAAUUUUUCAGGAACAAUUUGAAGAAGUGCUUGUGAAAAGAGAAACUGAAAAGAAAUAUGACUAUUCUUCACUAGAGGAAGUAAAAAAGACUCCCGCUGAGAUUAAGAAACCAGUGAGGAGAAAAUUGAAGGAAAGAACAAGAAUGUACAAUGAGGAAUCACAGAUGCAAGACUCUGGAUCUGAUAUCUCUAGGUUUAGCUCAGAAGAGUCUUUAGAUGGAGACUUGGUGUUGGCUACCCCAGCUCCAGCCCAAGUGUCACCUGUGGUGGAGGAGACCCCUAUCGGUUCAAUAAAGGAAAAAGUAAAAGCUCUUCAAAAGAAAGUGGAAGAGGAGGAAAAGGGGCGCAAGCAAAUAAGUAGUAAAGUUCAGGGGAGUGAGGAAGUGAAAGUCACUGAAGUUAAAAGAGAAAUAUCUAUAAAACAGCCACCUCCUGUAGAUUCUAGUACAUCUGAAAGGCUAGAAGAGACCAUGUCAGUCCGUGAACUAAUGAGAGCUUUCCAGACAGGGCAGGAUCCAUCUAAGAGAAAGUCAGGGCUCUUUGAACACAAAGCUAUUCAUUCAUCAAUAGAGCAAACCCAUUCCAUUGAUGUAACACAAGAUACAAAAUCUAAUACAACAGAAACAGAGCAGACAGAGACAAUGCAAAAAACUGACAGUGACUCAAAACAUUUUCCCACUCAUGAUCAGACUGUUAGUCAUUCAGUAGCUUCACCUGUUAGUAUGGCUACACACCUAGCCAAAUAUACCACAGUCUCACUUGAAGGUGAAUGUUUGUCCUCUAAAGCUUCACCCAGUGCUCUUGAUGAGCAGUCACAUAAGCAUGAUAACAUAGUUGAUGCCAAACGUACUGAUGACCACUACAGAGAGGUGGAUUUGCAGAUCAGCCCUGAUAGGAAAACGUCAACUGAUUUCAGUGAUGAUAUUAAAGCAGAACUUGAGGACAAUGAUGAAUACCAGCAGUUCAGAAAGACAUCUGAUACUGAGAGUCUCCAUUUAGAAAAAGUAGUUACAAGCCCUGUUAAGCAUGACCUUAAUAUUACUUUCCCUCCUGAUUCUUCUAAAGAGGAGUUUCUACCAGACAUAGCACUGCAAAAUGGCACUUUAGAAGAUAGCUCUGACAGCCUCAGACAUGAGGGUGCUGCGGAUUCUCCAAGUGUUAGCUUAGGUGAUGGCACUCCACAGAUAAGCUCUGAGGAAAGUUAUAAACAUGAGGGUUUGGCAGAGACUCCAGAAACAAGCCCUGAAAGCCUACCAUUUUCACCAAAGAAAAUUGAGCAGCAAAUACUAGUAGUAAAGGAAAUGGCACCUACAUUAGGCACAGAAGAGAAUGAUGUACAAAUAAGUCAAGAUGUAUCUGUCACUGCUUCUGUCAUACAACUGGAAGAACAUGAAUCAAAAGAAAAGUCUGAAAUAUUGGCUGCUGAAUCUACUGUUGACUAUGGCUUUGUUGCAUUUGAUCAGCAGCAUUCUACUGAAUUAACUCUCCCCAAAUCACCCACUGAGGAUGCUGAUGAUCAGACUACAAAUGAGUCAACAUCUGGCCUCAAAGGUGACGUGUGUUUCCAGGGGGGUGAGGCUGCAAAGAAAAAAGAAGCAGCUUCACCAGAAAAACAAUACAAAAUGCGGUCAGAUUCAAGAAAAAUCUCAGAUACCAUCGAUAGCCUUUUGAACUCGGAUGAUGAUGAGGACAAACUUGAAAGGGAAAGCCAAAUGGUAGCCAAUCCUUGUGGUUUGCCAAUGGAAACAGGAACCACGUAUAGUCAUGAAGGCUUAGACCUGGCACUCUGUCAGCAAGACACAGGAGACCAUAGUCCAUUGGCAGAUGAUUCUUUGACCAUCAGCCACAAGGACUCCUUGGAGGCUAGUCCAGUACUGGAGGAUAACUCUUCACACAAAACUCCUGAUUCUAUUGAGCCAAGUCCAACUAAGGAAUCUCCAUGCCGCGACUCAUUAGAAAGUAGCCCAGUAGAACAAAAGAUAAGGCCUUGCAUUCCUUUAGCAGAGCAAUCAUGUGGGUCUCCUUGGCAGACUCUUCCAGCAAAGACAGAGUUUCCUCCAGAAGCUGUUCGUAAUAGGCUUCUCAGGGACCCUGAGGGUAGUGCGGACGAUGACAGCUUGGAGCAAACCUCCCAAAUGGAAAGUUCAGGAAAGAGUCCUCUCUCACCUGACACCCCUAGCUCUGAAGAGAUAAGCUACGAAGUCACCCCCAAGACACCCGAAAUGCAGUUUCUGUCAGGGUCUUUACCAGCGGCUAUCCUGGAAGAAACCGAGGAAGUUGAAGAAGAUGAUUCAUCAGAUAGUAGCGAGCCCCAAAAGCAGUUUACUCCAGAAGAAGACAUGUUUAAAAUGGCAGCCAAAAUUAAAACAUUUGAUGAAAUGGAACAAGAAGCUAAAUGUAAAAGAGAUAACAGAAAGCAAACAGACACUUAUAUGGCCUCUGAAAUGGAAGAUGAUAAACACGUGCCUGUGGAAAUAAUCUCUCCAGGUAGUAGCUCUUCAGAAAGUGAGCCAGAGCUGACCAAACUUAACAAAGAGGCAGAUUCAUGUCUUCGCGUAGAACCAAUUAUUACAGUCCAGCCUCCUUCUCCUCUUCCACCAGGCAUGGAUGACAGCUCUAGCCCCGAAGAGACAGAUCUGCAGCAUGCAAUUACCCAAUCAGAUUCUUCAGAAAGAGAAACAGAAAUGCCAGAUUGUAUUUCAGAUGGUAAACCAACAUUUCACUCAUAUCCUGAGACAAUAUCUACUCAUACUGAAACAUCUUCUAUAACGACUCCAACAGCUGAUGAAGUGUCAGACAAUUAUCAUAUUCAAUUAGUUGAAUCUAGUGAAAUGGAAAAAACUGAAGCACAGCAUCCACAGUUACCGUCUGAUUUGGAAUAUCAACAGGAAGCAAAAUAUUCUGAAAAAGUAACAAGCCCUUAUGAAAAUACAGAUUCCAAAUUCCCUUCCAAUACUGUUGAUUUUCAGGAGGAGGCAAAUAGAACCGAUGAACAAAAGGAGGUACUUUCCAAUAAAACUAUAAGAGAGGAUGGUGAGGACAGUGAUGAGGAAGAUGAUAACUGCCCAUAUAGUUCCCACAUGCCAGAUACAUUGGAAGAAGCAAAUGCAACAGAUGAAGUCAAGGAGGAACAUGUUAGACGUUCUAGAGAAUCGACAGGCGAGAUUGAUGAAGAAUAUCAUUUAAACACAGACUUUGAACAACCCCAUAUGCAAUUUGGACCAGAGAUCUAUGUUUAUGAGGAUACUGGCAUGGAAGAAAUACAGGUUUCUGCUCACACUACUCAGUCCAAGGGGGUCACUGUGAGAACAGAAUCUGACAUAGAUUCCUGGAGUGCAAUGAGAGAGGAUGAUGAUGCUUUUGAAGCCCGUCUGAAGGAAGAGGAGCAGAAGAUAUAUAGUUUGAUGGUUGACAAGCAGUCACAGGACACAACCCCAGUUAGAACUCCUACUGAGGAGGGAACACCCACAAGCGAGCAAAACCCUUUCUUAUUCCAGGAAGGGAAAUUGUUUGAAAUGACCAGAAGUGGCGCCAUUGAUAUGAGCAAAAGGAGCUAUGUUGAUGAAAGUUUCCACUUUUUACAGAUGGGUGAACAGCCUCUGGAGGAGGUUUUGUCAGAUGAAGCCAGAGAAGAUCCCAUUGGUGGUGAGUCUUUAUCAGCAGAAAGUUCUACACGUGUCACUGUUUCUGAUGAUGUUCCAUAUGACUUAACAGUAGAGGCAGCAGAAGCACCUAUUUCUGAAUCUCCCUCUCAACCAGAGACAACCGAGGAAAAUUUGCCAGCCACAAAAUCUGAAACCAGGUCUAGAAUCCCAAUCAAAAUGGGCAUUUCUGCUUCUGCCAAAUCCCAAAAUAAAGACUCUCCUCCCACUGAAAUUGCAGAAGUGAAACAUUUUCCACUCGAGGAACCUGUAUGUGAGAGCCCUCCUGACAUGGCUUCCAUGGAACCAUCCAUAACAAAUGUGCAGCUAGACUUUUCCACGGUUACUAGGUCUGUUUAUUCUGAACAAGAUGAUGAGUCUUCAGACUCUUCCCCUGAAGACCAACGGUCAGUAAUUGAAAUUCCUACUUCUGCAACAGAGAGCAUAGCUGGCAGCGAACCAGUGUCUAAGAUCCCUGUCAAGGCUACUUCACCUGUAGCUCAACGAACAGUGCUUCUGCCCAGUGACAUGUCUUCUCCCCCCAUCUCCCUUUCUGCUACUUAUAAGGAACAGCCCAUAGAGGAGGAAACAAAGCCCAAAUCCAAAAUACCAGUGAAGUUAGGUGGCCUUAAAUCUGAACCUGCGUCUGAUUUCUCAGUAAAACGAGAGUCCCUCAAGGCUCCAGAAAGGAAAUGCAAAAUUCCAGUGAAACAAGAUCAAAGAAGCAAGUCCGAGUCAGAUGCUAGCAGCUCUGCAGAAGCCAGAUCUAAGCGUUCAUCCAAAACCGGGAGUUACUCUGAGGCCGAACCUCAGGAAACAAAAGAAGAGGCUUCAAGUGGAACAGAAAGUCCUGAUGUUACUAAACCCAAAACAUUCCAAUCGAGACUUCCUGUAAAGAGUAAACCUGGCCAGACAGUCCAAAUAUCCAACCCUGCCAAAGAGAACAAAGAGCGAUUCUUUGAACUUUACAAGGAUUCCAUAGAAUUAUUUGAGGAAAUUAGCGAUGAAGCCUCUAAGUUAGUUGAAAGAUUAACACAAGCAGAACAUGCACAAGAACAAGUUUCAGAUGAUGAAAGCAGUACCUUAGAAGCCUCAAUUAUUGAAAAUGAGCCGUUGUCUGAAUCACAGAUGCCCCUUCCUGAAGACAUCUUUGACAUGAGACCCAUCUGGGACGAGUCUGUUGAGACUCAGAUCCAACGCAUUCCUGAUGAAAAUGUCCGCAAUCAAAGAGAAGAUCCACAAGAUGAUGAAGAAAGAAGUGAGGAAAGGUUGGCAAUCAUUGCUGACCACUUAGGCUUCAGUUGGACAGAAUUAGCCCGGGAGUUGGAGUUUACUGAGGAUCAGAUUCAUCAGAUAAGAGUUGAGAACCCCAACUCAUUACUCGACCAGAGUCACGCCUUACUGAAGUACUGGAUGGAGAGGGAUGGCAAACAUGCAACAGACAAUAAUCUAAUCAAGACACUCACAAAAAUUAACCGGAUGGAUAUUGUUCACCUGAUUGAAACAUCAAGCAUCCACCCCAGCCAAGAACAGACCUCCCGAACCUAUGCAGAGAUUGAGCAGACCAUAGCACUGGACCACAGCGAAGGAUUCUCUGCACUUCACGAAGACAUUUACAGCCCAAGGACUGCACAGCACAUAGAGACCACAGCCAGCGACCGUCCACCUUCAGAGCAGCAGCCCCCCAUGGUGUCAGAGGAAGACAUCUCAGUUAGCUACUCUUCACUGCAUGAAGCUGCUCCUAGGGGUGAAGCAGACAUGCCAAUCACAGAGCUUCUGAGGCACGCACAAAGGGAGAAGCUGGAAGCCGAGAUGUAUGGAAAGACUGAGGCACACCCAGGAGAGCCAUCUGCUGACAGUGAAGAGUGCUACAUUACAGGCCAAGAAUCUCUAAAAGCAGCCCUGUCAGCACCUCUAAAGGAAGAAGCACAAUCAAUGUCACUGGCAGACUAUAUGAGAGACCAAGCCAAACAAGAGAUAGCAGAGGAGCUAGGUGAGCUGGAGGAUAGUUCAGAUGAAGAGGAGGUGGUAACUACCAGGGUCAUCCGGCGGCGAGUUGUCAUCCAGGCUGAUGACAUGCCAGACUUUCCACCAGAGUCAGUCACGGAGGAGCAGUACACAGACGAGCACGGCCAUGUGGUUGUAAAGAAGGUCACCAGAAAAAUAAUCAGACGUUACAUUUCUCCGGAUGGCACAGAGAAAGAAGAAGUUAUAAUGCAAGGGCCACAGCAAGAUCCAAUCUGUGUCGAGGAAGGAGAUGGCUAUUCCAAGGUUGUAAAGAGAACCGUGCUGAAGAGUGACAGUGAUCAAACGGAGGUAACUUUCUCGGAACCCCAGGCCUUCGCAGGCAGUUUAUCUGAGUUCCAAAUGGAGCCGGUGCACGGCCGCAAAGUUAGCAAGGUCAUCAAGACCACGGUGGUGCAGGGAGAUAGGAUGGAGAAACACCUCGGAGAUGCCACGUUAGCUACUGAUCUUCCAACAGCCAAAGACGACUUUGAACAGGCCCUGAAUUAUGCAGGGGGCUCGGGGAAAGUCCAUCUCCCGUGUUUAGUAGAACAGGAGAUUGUAAAAGAGGAUGGAUCAGUGAUAAAAAGGACAAGGAUGAGUAAAGCCAGCUCUCAGAAGAGGACUGUGGUGAAGGACGCUGAGGGGAAGCAUGUGCACGUGGAGCAGCUGGAGGACGUCCCCGAGGCCCUGCAGCAAGACAACCUUCAGCACGACCUGCACCAGCUCCUCUGCCGCUUCUGCACAGAUGACCACAAGCACGAGGCCACAUAAAACGGCCAAGACUUUUCUUUCCAUGUGUUUUUUUUUUUUUUUAGUUCCUCAACACAUAUCUGAUCAUUACACAGCAUCACUUCACAGACAGAUUCCAUCUUUAUCUAAAGUUACUGAAGUUAUCUACUUAGAAGACAGAAUUAAUUUAGUAGUAUUUUUUUAUGUUACGUUUUCUUUUUUUAACUGUUUGCUAAUUGUGUGACCAAAGAUAGUAUCCAUUAAUGUAGGAUGACUUAAAGCUAGAUCUUCUUAUUUGCUGCUGUAAAAUAGCCAACCAACGGAAGAGCAAACUGCAGAGUCAACUUCGUCCACAGACCUCUUCAAAAUGACUCUCUGAACUGUCUAACAAAAAAGGGAUGUGUGUGUAAAAUGUACAUAUAGUGUUUGGACAUUCUGCAUAUCAUAACCACACAAAAACAUCACUGAUCACAAGAUCUGUUUGUCCUUGUGGAAUGGUUAAAAAAUGACUGAUAUCACUAUAGUAAUCGACCGUGUGUUGCAGGUCAAUUAUAGAGCACCUAAACCAAGCAGUGGCAGAUGUAGCGUAUUUGGAAUUGUGUAUUGAUCUUGAUUAUAAUAUUAAUAACUAUGAAAUAACCGAAAGGGGUAAAAGAAGUGGAUGUCAUAUAAGCCACGUGAGAUCAUCUUCACCCAUGCUGGUAACAUGAACCUUCUUAAUUGCGUUUAUAAUCAAUUGUAUGCUAGCACCAAUACUAUAUCUUUUCAAACUGGGAGUGCAGAAGGCUGCAGUACAGUCCAUAGCGUUUCCUGCCACAGAAAGCUUUGCCUCCGCUUUUUAUCCAAAUCCACAUUCUGUGUCUCCUAUAUAUAGGUGUGUGUGUGUGUGUGUGUGUGUGUGUUUGAUUGCCAUGGUUCAUCCCACUGGCCACUGCACUGCAGCAAAACUGGAGCUCAGGCCAGUGCUCCUAGUUGGGCAGACUACUGCUUCACCAUAUUUAUCAGGAUUGUCUUUUUUGUACAUGCAUGUGACAUACAAUGCUGCUGUUGUCAUGUACUCGCUUGUUAACCCUCCUGGCACGAGAGAGGUCUUCUUCGCCUCCACUUUUUGUUUUGUUUUAGUUUCACUGGGCAUUUUCAGGUACUUUUAAUUUCAAAAUACUUUUUUUCAAGAUUGUAAAUCAACCCUCUGAGAACUGCUGCAGCAUUUCAGCACUUUUAAACAGAAGGAUAACACUAGUAAAUAUUUUCCGAGUUAUUUCCCUUAGUAUCAGCCCGAUCAUAGCAAAUGUUGUAAUGUGAUAUAAAUAUAGAUAUACAUAUAUAUAAAAAACGUUUUGAAAAUACUGUUUAAUAAAAAUGUGCAUAUGUCAUAAGUUGUCACUGUAUAUGGUACUCAAAGGGUUGAUAAAAUGUUUUAAUCAUUUUGUUUUUUGAUCCAUCUCACUUGCUCAGACUGAAAACAUGAACACAAUGGGGACAAAGGGACGUCCUUAUUUGAAAAAGUUGUCUGUAGUAUGAAAUGUACAGUUUUGCUGUCAGCAGAUGUACUCCCCUCCAUCACUGCAGCAGAUCCUACAGACUUAGGAAUGAAGGUGUUUACAUUGGUUAACCCUCAAGACAGGCUCAAAGAAAAAUAUCUGUGAUGUUAUUUGCUGUGCAGACUAUAUCUAUGUAAUGACAUAAUGGUUUUUCACUUUACUUUUUACUUUGCGUGUAAUCCAAGAAUUUGAGAACUGUGAGAAGUAAAUUUUAAGUUGAUGAAUAAGCAUCUUGUUCCCAUGGUGAUAACAAAUAUAUAUCUAUGAGGGCAUGUAUUAGUUAAAAAAAAUAAUUAAUUAAAAUAAAACAUUAAAACACUAACAAUGCAUAGCAGCUGCAAUGUGUACAUGGCUCGUUUAAUUAAAUAAAAUGUACAAGUGUUAAAUGUA